UCAAAUUCCUCCAGGGUGAACUCUGAGAUAGGUUCUAGGGAUUUGCUCACGGAAAGCCCGAGUAAAGGGAGUCAGAGACGAAGACUCUGUCACUCCACCUACACGUGGCUCAGGUCCUCUGAGAGAGUCCAGCAGGCAGCAGAACCAGCGAGAGCCGCCUCCUUCAGGGCCCCCACCUUCCUGCCCCUUCUUGCCCCUCAGUGCCUGCUGGAAAGCCAGACAGGGGGAGAAGACGAUGGAGCCAGACAGGACUCAGAUAAAACUUGACCCCAGGUACACGGCAGAUCUUCUGGAGGUGCUGAAAACUAAUUUCAGCAUCCCCUCUGCCUGCUUCUCUCUCGCUCCCACUGCUGCCCAACUUCUGAGAGCCUUGGGCCCUGCAGAAAUUGCCCUCACAGUCAUUAUGACUCUGCUUGCCCUGGGCUCGGUCACCAUCUUUGUGGAGGAUGCUGUCUACCUGUACAAGAACACCCGUUGCCCCAUCAAGAGGAGGACUUUGCUCUGGAGCAGCUCUGCACCCACGCAGGUCGUGUCUGUGUUCUGCUGUUUUGGUCUCUGGAUCCCUCGUUCCCUCAUGCUUGUAGAAAUGGCCAUAACUUCGUUUUACUCAGUAUGCUUUUACCUGCUGAUGCUGGUCAUGGUGGAAGGCUUUGGCGGGAAGGAGGCAGUAAUAAGGACACUGAAGGACACUCCGAUGAUGGUCCACACUGGCCCCUGCUGCUGCUGCUGCCCCUGCUGCCCCCCACUCAUGCUCACCAGGAAGAAGCUUCAGCUGCUGAUGUUGGGCCCAUUCCAGUAUGCCUUCUUCAAGAUAACACUGAGCCUGGCGGGCCUGUUUCUCAUCCCUGAUGGCAUCUAUGACCCAGCAGAUAUUUCUGAGGAGAGCAUAGCUCUGUGGAUCAACACUCUCCUCGGUGUGUCCACCCUGCUGGCCCUCUGGUCCCUGGCCAUCCUUUUCCGUCAAGCCAAGCUGCACUUGGGCGAGCAGAAUAUAGGAGGCAAAUUUGUUCUGUUCCAGGUGCUCCUCAUCCUGACCGCCCUGCAGCCAUCCAUCUUCUCAGUCUUGGCCAACAGCGGGCAGAUUGCUUGUUCACCUCCCUUUCCCUCUAAAGUCAGGUCUCAAGUGAUGAAUUGCCACCUUCUCAUACUGGAGACUUUUGUAAUGACUGUGCUGACACGCAUGUACUACCGAAGGAAAGAUAACAAGGUUGGAUAUGAGCCUUUCCCUUCCCCAGACCUGGAUUUGACUUCAAAGCCUGAGGUGGACGGUUUGGACAAUGAGCCUGUACAUAUUAAACGGGCACAAGAUUUCCUCACUAUCCCUCAACCUUGACCAAAUGGGGAUGGAUUCCUUCAUCAGCACAAGCUGGCAGAUUAUAUUUGACUAUAGGAAUGAAGGAAAAUUAUGGACUAGGAUGCAAUUAUUUUGGAUCUUGCCUGGAGAAGGUAUUUUAGGUUUUAUAAUAAACAAACAGGAUAGAGUUUAAAACUCUG